AUGUGAAGCCAGCAACUUCCUCAUGCGAGUUUACAGCUGACUUCUCCGGAUUAGUGGAGCUCUUCUUCACAUCACAGAAUGGAGAUACUUCGCUUUAUAUGAAAGGACGGCACUUCUUUAGAAAAUUAACAAGGACUAAAGAGAAACUGAAAUCUCGAUUGAUCUUGGCUUUUAUAUUAAAGGAAAAUGGGAUGUGUUAAAUCGAAAGAUGACCAUGAAUCCAGCGGUAACAAGAGCUCAAAAACAGAUCCAGUACGUAAAUCUCCUCAAGCUCAUUAUGUGAAAGAUCCCACAUCUGGUAAUAAGACACCUUCUGGCAGCUUACCAAACUCUGGAAAAGACAGUUAUGACAAUGUAGUUAUCACUCUCUAUGACUAUGAAGGCAUUCAUGAAGGGGACUUGAGUUUUAAGAAGGGUGAGAAGUUGAAAGUCUUAGAAGAGACAGGAGAAUGGUGGCGUGCAAAGUCUAUCGCAUCAGGAAAAGAAGGCUACAUUCCCAGUAAUUAUGUGGCAAAAUGCAAUUCCCUGGAGACUGAAGAGUGGUUCUUUAAGGGCGUUAGCCGCAAAGAUGCGGAAAGACAGCUUCUUGCACCUGGAAAUGUGGUUGGCUCUUUCAUGAUCAGGGACAGUGAAACAACAAAAGGUAGCUAUUCACUUUCCGUGAGAGACUGCGACCAGCAAACAGGGGACACUGUCAAGCAUUACAAAAUCCGAACUUUGGAUAAUGGAGGCUUCUACAUAUCUCCAAGAGUAACAUUCCCUACCCUGCAGGACCUUGUUGCCCACUACAAGAAGCAAGGGGAUGGCCUGUGUCAGUCACUGACCACACCAUGUAUCAACCCUAAGCCUCAAAAGCCAUGGGAGAAGGAUGCUUGGGAAAUCCCAAGGGAGUCAUUAAAACUGGAAAAGAGACUUGGUGCUGGACAGUUUGGAGAGGUGUGGAUGGCCACAUACAACAAGCACACAAAGGUGGCUGUAAAGACCAUGAAACCUGGAAGCAUGUCAGUUGAGGCUUUUCUGGCAGAGGCAAAUCUCAUGAAGUCCCUGCAGCAUGACAAGCUUGUGAGACUCAAUGCUGUUGUCACCAAGGAGGAGCCAAUUUAUAUCAUCACAGAAUUCAUGGAGAAAGGAAGUUUGCUAGAUUUUUUGAAAAGUGAUGAAGGAAAUCGACAGAAAUUGCCAAAGCUGAUUGAUUUCUCAGCUCAGGUUGCAGAAGGAAUGGCAUUUAUUGAACAAAGGAACUAUAUCCAUAGAGAUCUGAGAGCUGCCAAUAUCCUGGUAUCCAAGACGCUGGUCUGCAAGAUAGCUGAUUUUGGACUUGCCCGCAUCAUUGAAGACAAUGAGUACACAGCACGAGAAGGUGCCAAGUUUCCCAUAAAAUGGACAGCUCCAGAAGCCAUUAACUAUGGGUCUUUCACAAUUAAGUCUGAUGUGUGGUCCUUUGGAAUCCUGCUAACUGAGAUUGUCACUCACGGAAGAACUCCAUAUCCUGGAAUGUCCAACCCAGAAGUAAUCCGCUCCUUGGAACGCGGCUACCGAAUGCCACGCCCAGAGCCCUGCCCCAAUGAGCUCUAUGAAAUCAUGCUCAAGUGCUGGAAAGACAAGCCAGAUGAUCGGCCAACAUUCGAAUACCUCCAAAGCACGCUUGAUGAUUUUUUCACUGCAACUGAAGGCCAGUACCAACAGCAACCAUAAAAACAGAGGAAACUGGAUAGAAAUUAGGAAAAUCCCUACCAGCUUAUUUAGGUUUAUUUUUCUUUGACAAGAGGCAACUUUUUUGUUUAAAAAAAUUCAGUUUGUUCUUGUUGCUGUUACACUGUGGAUGAAGUGAUUCAGCAUAAAAGUAAUUUAUUUUUAGAUGCUCUUUAUAUUUCAGGUAUACCGUGACAUAACAUACAGUACCUGUUGAAGACAGAUAUACUGAUAAAAACAGGUUCUUUUUGACCUGCACUUUGGAAUUUCUUUUUAACUUUCGCUUUGUGUGUGAAAUGUGAUGGACUAUUAAUCUCAUGGUAAAAAUAAUGUAUGAAAAAACAUCUUCUUAGAUGUACUUUUAAAUCCUUUGCCUCAUGUAGGCUUUGAUUUAACUCUUUUGCUUUUGCUCUCUCUUACUGGAUUACCAACUUCCUCAAACAUCCAGAGAAAAAGAAAUCCAAAAUAUUUUAAAGCAUGAGAGGAUAACAACUGUGAGCUAUUAUUAUUGCAAAGGUCUUUCAGAUCUGCAAUGUAAUUCAUGAGAAAUAUAAAACACAACUUAUUUAUUUGUUUGUUUUUAACUAAGGUUUGCAUUUAGAAUUAUACCCUGAUUGGGUAAAACAUGGCUUGGUUAAAUAGAGUCUACAAGUGUGUGACAGGGUUCUUGCCCUGCACAAUAUAAGAUUUUGAACUGAGAUAUGUUUUUAUUCCUUCCUGUUAAAGUGUGAUUUGUAAUAGUGUUUUUACAAUUAUCAUUUUUUCACCUGUGACUGUGUAAAUGUAUAUGUGAUGCAAUUAUAAAUGAGGUCUCAUUUAAUAGGCUUUGUGUAAAGAAGCUGUAUUCUGCCCAUAUUUGUAAAUAAAUAUCCAUAUAAUCAA